AUGAGAACGACAAACCUUUCGAAAAAAAAAACGUUGGCCGUCAUCCGAGAGUUGUUUUUGACUCCAGCCAUUCAUGCAGUCGUUUACGUCCACUCUCAGAAGAAUCAGGAUUUGACGGUUCGAAAGAAAGCGAAACUUCUGACUCGUUUUGUAUUAGUCCAAGAGGGACGUGUAAUGCAUCUUGUGAGGAACCUAUCUGCAGGAUCGCCUGGAAUGGAAGAUCAGCUACCCACUCCAUUGAAAAAUAGUGCAGAUAAGAUUAAAGUCCCCAAUGAAGAAGAUAUCCCCAAUUUCAGUGUAACAGAAGUCCCCACUUACACUGAAAGUGGGAACGACUUUAACUUCACUGACCUUAUUUGGACCUUAUUUGUCCUCACAUCGAUAUACGUCGCCAUAGUGAAGUUAAAGUCCCUAGUGAAGAAGAUGUUCCCACUUUUAGUUGCUUAUUGUCAUCCGGAACGAUAUUUUUUGCAUCUUUCGGCGACCGACGGUGUUUUUGCGGCAACGAUGCGCGGCAAACAGUUGCCGAACAUUCUUCAAUAUUUCGGUGUGAUGAGCGUUUUUCUGUCGUCGACAUGGUCCAAGUGUAAGAGGCUCUCGAUCGCCGAGUUCUUGAAUCAUUUUGCCGAUGAGGACGACGACGACGACGGAGGCUUCAAAACAGACCCGCUGUUAUUUUUUUCGACUGACAUUCCAACGAUUUCAACGCGUGUACCUCGGCCGUCGAUGCGAUCAUUCACAAUUUCUUCGACCAUUGAGCUGAGUCGACAUUUAAAUGAUGAUGAGCGAAAAAGUGUGUUGACCGCGAUAAACGAGAAAGAGAAAAUUGUUGCGUCGGGCAUUGUGCAGCUUCUGACCACGAACGGCGCACGGUGGAGUGCCGACAGAGAGCCGGGAGUUGCGGUUUUUCUGAAAAACAGCUCACUGCGUUAUUAUAAAUUAAUAGUGGUUAAACCAAUUGAUGGGCGUGGCCGGAUUAUUUUUGAAGUUCUUGUUGAAGGCAGCGAAUUUCAGACGAUUAAGAAUCAUCCGCAUUUAAUUACAUUGGAGCAUAACCAAAUGAUAUUUGGAUUAAAUUUUUAUGAUGAGAAGGAAGCGGAGAGUUUUCAAAAUGCUGUUGAGAACCGAAAAACAAAAUCAAACAGCGGCAAGAAAGAGACAUCGCAAAAGCCGAAAAAGGGGAUAUUUGCCAAUGUUUUCACAUUUGGGAAGAGAGAUGUAAAAAAGAAGCAAAAUAUAUUGGAAAUUGGACCGCCGACUAAUUUUCGACAUAUUUCUCAUAAUGAUGAUAAUUUGACACCUGAUCAACUUAAAAUGUAUAAUGAUAUUCUAGGAGAACUAGUUAUUAAAACUGACGAGGAAAAGGAGAUUGUGAAACAAAUUGUGGUGAAAAACGAAGACAAAUUUCGGCAAUCAAUGAUGAGCAAGAGAAAAGAGAAGACACCAAAAAGUGUGAAAAAGAGCAACAAGGGAAAAAAAGAAACGCCUCAAGUGUCAGCGCCAAUCGAUGAAAUGCCUGAGGACCCUCUCAACCCGAACUGGGGCACAUCAACAGACCCAAAGCCGGCGAUGUUAAUAACAGCGUCGGCUCCGAUCCGCCUCACUCACACGUUGGGAUCUUCAUCGGUUUCUCAUAAACCUACAGAAAAUUCAUGGCAAUCUGAAAGAAUCACGAGCGCGAUGGUUUCGCCUUCCAGCUCGGAUAAUAGUCGUCAAGCUAGUCGCGAGGCGCACAAUUUGUAUAGAUUUGAGGACACCCCUCCUCCAACACCCGAGAUCGCGCCACCGGUGCCAUGUCGGUCGAUAUCUCGUCCCGUCGAAACUCCGCCACCACGUCUACCCAGCCAUCGAAUGUCUUAUCGUUGGGCGACGUCUCCCGUCGAAGCUCCUCCACCCGAAAAGAUCAAACCGCAACCAGCCCCAAUUCGUCACGCGCCGCCACCGCCGAUGUCGUCAUCGGUUGUUCAGCGCGCUAGUGUUCCUCCGCCGCCUCCGCCACCGCUUCCAGCAAGCUUUCCGAAUAUUUCGGCAAAGAAUUCUGAAGAGGUUGACGAGGAGGAUGUUGAAGUCGAGGAGGUUGAAACCAAGAAGGUUUUGAAGAGUCUGCCGGUUAUUAACACUGACCGCAAAAGUCUACUUGAGGAAAUCCAGAAUGUGGACCGCUCGAAAGUGCUUCGAAAAGUGUCCGAUGUUGCAACAAUUGAAUCGCCGACUUCUCAAAACACGAUGAUCGAUGAGAUCCAGCAGUUUCUUGAUGCUCGCCGUUUCGGCAUUAACCCAAGCGAUUCAGAGGAUUCGGAUUCGGACUCGGAUACUGGAAGUUGGACAGAUUAG